AUGGUCAUCGACCUGACUGGUCCUGACGAAGAUUCCGGAGAGCAGGCGUCCGCCGCCCGGAUGAAGGAGUUCGUGGCCGACCAGGUCCGCCGUUGGGAAAGGGUGACGCUCGAGUUCGUGAUGUCCCCGACUGUUGAGUACACAUGGCCCAGCCCGACACCCGACUUUCAAGCGUGGUGGACGGCAGCCAUGGCGACGUCCCGAUACUGGUUUCAAGCACGGGCUCCCCGGGUGGAGCCGAUCAUGGUGCGGAUGCUCAUGCAGGAGCUUCAGCAACAACUGGCUGACGAACAUUCGGAAUGGCGAAGCGUCGCUGCGGGCGUCCCAAAUCGAGUCAUACCAGCGCUGGACGUUCAUGCACUGGGGGAUGCUGCCCUGGAAGCGGUCAAGGAGGAACACCCGGACGACGACAGUGCAGUUUCCCGACGAAGUUCAGGACGAGAGUCAAGUCUGUUUGGGACGACGGCCGCGGAUUCGGAGGAGUCGAACCCCAGCGCCACGUCCGGGUUGCGCUCGCGGAGCCAUAUUCGUCGUCGGGAUCCUCGCUGUGGGAGGCUGGGGCGUGCAAGUCACGGAGACGGUGCUCCCUACACCACCAGUGCCGGUGAAAUGGGACGAUGUCGAUAUGUCGGAGUCGGGUCACACCAGCAUUCGGAGUGGUCACAGGUCGAGGACGUCCCGGAGGCACACGCGCUCCCGAAGGUCAAGCCCAAGCAGCUCUUCCAGCGAAUCCAGCUCGGAGGACGAAAGGCGCCGUGGCCGCCGAGGAUCCAAGCACCCUCGCCGUUCCAAGCGGUCGCCCAGUCGAUCCGUGAAGUCCGGAUGGAUGCCAUGGUUCGGGUGGAUGCGAGUGUUCAGGAGAUGAAGCAACAGCUACAGGAUAAGGACAACGCCUCGGACCGGAAGCCCGAAGCCGCUGACGAGGGGAAGCGAACCUUCCAGACCUACCAGGCCACUCAGCUGCUGGUCGACCGGGAGGAUGCCCUGGAAAACCAAUGUGCCCUCGACACACAGGCCCCAGUUCAGGUGAUCAUACGUGAGGCGACGACGGAGAAGGCCCGCGAAGUCGUGGGAGCUAACCAGGAAGAUGCCUUGAAGCGUGCGCGAGAAGCCGUGAAGGCGGAGCGCGCGCAGGAAGAGCAUCUCCGGUCCGAAGCUGAAGCCGCGAAGCUGCAAGUUCAGGAGGCCAGGAUGCAGAAGACCCUGGAAGAGUAG